CAGCGAGGACACUCCAUUUCAAAGGAUUCCCGUGGAUGUUAUGCUUGAUGACCUGUUCCCAUAUCUUUACAUCGAGGAUAUCCUGAGUCUCCGCAGGGUAAACAAGGCCUUCUAUCUCCUAACUCACGAACCGAUCAUCUGGAAACGCUUUCUCCUCCGUAUGAAGAUCCCAAUCCCACCCCUCCGUCCAACAUUCCGCUACUCCCUCACAGUAACCGACUACGAGAUUGAGCAACUCGUCACGCAAGCCAUCACCGUUGACGACAACUGGCGUCGUCCCAAUCCCACCAUCUUCUCUCGAAAUCAUUUCUGGUCCCACCACAAGACUACGAACAUGUUCUUGCUGCCUGGUGGGAAGUAUUUGAUUGCUUCCGCCCAGUCGAGGGAUAAGUUGCAGUUUUGGUUGGUGCUUUACCAGGUGGAUCAUCCGAUGGGUCCGAGGGCUCUGGCGAGGAUUCCGACAUACAGCGAGGCGUAUAAUGUGGAAGCCAAGUUCAUGAGGUUGUUUGAGGGUGAAGAAGGGCUAGUCAUUGCCUAUACGAGGAGGUUGUAUGUGAAGCAGCAACCUGAUGGCAUGGUGCCAUCAGACUUGAGCACGAAACACCACAUCGACAUUGACGGAGGGUUCAAAUACGAAGUGGUCACUGCAUACACGUCACUAGAUAUUCUCGAGUACCUCUGCAGCCCCGAGCUCGAACAAGGCACGAAAGACUAUCUGCAGUCAUUAGCCAGCAUCCCCGCACCCUUCAAAGAACUCGCCAUUGUCAGCAGUCGCAACGAAGUUACCCAAAUAAGCCUCAUCGAAAGUGAGGGCGCGAAGCUCGUGUCCUUUAUUGUCAGCCCUACCGAGCUGCACUUUAUGAACCUCCAGAACUUUGAUCAGAAAAGUACGAUGAUCUUCAGAGAUCAUCCGCAGCACGCUGGAAAGCCCCACCGAAUUCGAGCUUUCCGCGUCUACCCCGGCCAAAGCAACAUGGUCGUCAUCCGUUCGGUCUCCUCCGCUCCAGGCACCGAAUCUCAUCUAGUCGAAUGGCACGACCUCCCCAAAUUCCUCGGGCACAUCCGGUCAGGCCCUCGCGCUCGCUAUACCUUGCACAACAAGCAAGUCGCGCGCUUCGUCAUAUCCGACUAUGGCCUCCCCAACAAAGAAAGAUGGCAUGAAGAUCAGCCCAUGCUACGACACACCUGUGGACCCCCACCACCCGUCUCGAUCUUCCUCGAACUACGAAAUCCGGACGGAGUGGAACACCACGCCGUGUACCCAAGACAAGUGGUUGUACCGGCCACAAAGGACACGCCAGAGCACUUCACGUACACCUACGACCACGAUACCUACCAGAUGUCGACGCAUAUCUGUGCACCACACCGUGCAUCCGUGCUAGCAGGCUCUCAACGCGCUCUGAUUUGCAUAACAAACACUUCAGACCGCACGCUCUCCCCUAAACUCCUCAAGUUACGGCGAUAUUGCCACCCUCGCAACUCGGGUGUGAAGUACAAACCCGAUCCUGCUUCUACCAAUGUCGAUUCCUCGAAGACGAAUAAUGUUGAGAAGAACGAGGAAGAGGAAAUGGGACCUGUCCUGCGGAAAGGCGAACGACUCCCCGUACCGCGAUCAGGGAUUUACAAGACGAUUGAUACGGGUGGGAUUUUGGAUGAGAUAAAUCAGCAGGGAGGUGUGAGGGCCAUCUGUUGGGACGAGUCAACGGGGAGGAUAUGUGUUGCGCCCGAGGAAGGGAGUCAGAUUCUGGUGCUAGAGGCAUCGAGGAUGGCGGUUAGGCCGAAUAAGAGGGUGGAAGAGUGGAAUCGUAAGAGGGAGUGGUUGGGGCGGGAUGCGUUGAGUGUGGAGAUGGAUACUGCCUGAACGGACAU